UAGAAAAGACGCCUCACUGUCUCAGCCAAAGAGCCAAGUUUGCACUUGGCUGCCAUGGAAGUCUGACCGUUCAUUCCCACACCAUUUCCUCUCACUCUGUGGUUUGCUUUCUCAGCUUGGACAAACACAACAAAAUUAAGCAAUUUGAGGUAGGACUAGAAAGAAGGGAGAGAACGAUGGGAACGUUGGGGAAGGCAAUCUACACCGUCGGGUUCUGGAUCCGCGAGACCGGCCAAGCCCUCGAUCGCCUCGGCGGCCGCCUCCAAGGCAACUACUACUUCCAAGAACAACUGUCUAGACAUAGGACACUCAUGAACAUAUUUGACAAGGCUCCCAUGGUUGAUAAGGAUGCAUUUGUGGCCCCCAGUGCCUCUAUUAUUGGCAAUGUUCAGGUGGGACGAGGUUCUUCGAUCUGGUAUGGAUGCGUUUUGAGAGGUGAUGUAAACAGCAUCAGCAUCGGGUCUGGAACCAAUAUCCAAGACAACUCUCUUGUUCAUGUGGCAAAAUCUAAUUUGAGUGGGAAGGUCUUACCAACUAUCAUUGGUGACAAUGUUACUGUGGGUCACAGUGCUGUCUUACAUGGAUGUACUGUUGAGGAUGAGGCAUUUGUAGGUAUGGGUGCAAGUCUACUUGAUGGGGUUUAUGUUGAGAAACACGCCAUUGUUGCUGCUGGAGCCCUUGUCAGGCAGAACACAAGGAUCCCAUGUGGAGAGGUGUGGGGAGGUAAUCCAGCAAAGUUCCUCAGGAAACUCACAGAAGACGAGAUGACCUUCAUUUCCCAGUCAGCCAUAAAUUAUUCCAAUUUGGCACAGGUUCAUGCAGCUGAAAAUGCCAAGAGCUUUGAUGAGAUUGAAUUUGAGAAGAUGCUUCGCAAGAAGUUUGCUCGCCGUGAUGAGGAGUAUGACUCGAUGCUGGGUGUUGUUCGUGAAACUCCUCCAGAGCUUAUCCUUCCCGACAAUAUUCUGCCAGAUAAAGUACAAAAGGCUACUUAAAAAUGCAAUUAUCUUGAGGAAGUUAACUUGACAAGGGUGUUUUGUUGGUGGAUGGUUUUUGUUAUGUGCGGAUUUAUGCAGGACUGCUGCUUUCGCUUCCAAUAAUUUUUUGGGACCCGGGCCUGAGUGUCGAGGUUUAAAUUUCUGACAUACUGCUCUUCCAGCCUCUCUAGCUGAUCAGAAUCUUCAUUUUAUAUUGCCUGUGAAAAAUGCUGCCAUGCAACAUGUAUCUUGAUGCUUAAGUCAUCCAUGAAGCCCUCACAGGUCUGUACUUGUAGAGAUAUAUUGCUUUGGACAUGGAUUUUCAAAUAAAGAAAAUUGAAUCAGGUA